AUGGCGCGUGCGUGCACAGAAGACCUCAGCGGUGCUGCAAGCGAGACGGCUUCCAUGCAUGAAUUCGAGCGAAGCCAGGCGCAGAACGACGUGCAUGGGAAUGGUGUGCUUCGCCGCCGAUGUUGGGCAGCAGCCGAGUUCGGUCCGAGCAGGACCUCCGCCAUGCCCGACAGCCUCAGAAGUCCGACGCUCGCUCGCCAAGUUGAACAGCGCGCAGAAGCAGGGCCGUUAUCAGCCAUCCUGAUCAGCAUCUGGGAUCUUUGCCCGUCAAUCGUUGCGAUCUCCGACUUUUGCACCGGGGGCGAGCCACCCAAAGGCCGUACUUCUUGCCGCUCACACGGCUGUACCGCAGCGCCGCAGUCACAGAUCCCCACCGACAUUGCCGAGGUGAAGCCAAAACGUGGGAACGUCUGCCUCUUGGCCGACAUGCGGAUCUUUCCGCUGCUGCAGCCCACCCGUGAGACGAGACUCGCUGGCCCCACCGAUGGCAGCUCCGUCCCCAGCGACGAACUGAAUCAUCCUAGCCGACAACUUUCGGCUCUGCCACCCUGA